AUUUUCCCACCUUUUAUAGUUCCCGUGGAUGCAGCCGCUAAAUUGAUCUCAGUUCUAUACCUGGUUUAUCCAAUUGUCUAUACUGUUGCUUACCCCUCCCUCUACAUUGCUCUUCUCCCCCUUUUUCUUCUUUCCCUUUCUUUCUUGUGGGUUUUCUUCCUGGUAAGGCAUGGCCUAUACAUCUCGACUCCGCCAGCCAUGCGGUCGCCUGUGCCAUGGACUGUCCCCGUUCUUCCGCCCCCGCAUCACCGCCGGCCUCCCAGCUCUCUCCGAUGCCUUUACCACCAGCACGCCCCGCCCGGCCUGUCCCUCUGACUCUAACACCGCCCCCUCCCUUCUGCAGCCGACCUUCUGGACCACCCCCAGCGCCUGGAAACGCGCCUCCCUCAACACCCUCCGUUGCCUAGUGGGCUGCACCGUGGGGGAUUUCUCCAUGCUCUGGUUUCUACAAGCCUACUACCCGGCAUUGGGGAUGGGAGCCAUCAUGGGGACAUCGAUGGCCGCCGGAAUCGCCUCCUCCAUCCUACUGGAGACGACGCUCCUCCGGCUGGGUCGAGACCAACUCCCCUGGCGCGCUGCCUUUCGCACCGCCACGGGCAUGAGUCUGAUCUCCAUGUUGGCCAUGGAAAUCGCCGAGAGUGCCGUCGAUUACCAUCUGACCGGGGGGUGCGUGGCGCUGGACGAUCCGCAGUUCUGGGGCGCGGCGGUGGUGUCCGUUGGUGCAGGGUUCCUGGCCGCCUUGCCGUAUAAUUAUGCGCGGUUGAGGAAGUAUGGGAGGGCGUGUCAUUAACUGGAGGUUGAGUAGUGGCGUUAAGGCUGGGUGGUAUCUCGGUCAAUCUGAAGAUUUGUACAAUAUGGUUCCAUUUCGGUUGUGGGAAUAGAACUUAUGGGCUCCGUCGAAGAGUGGAUCAGUCUGCAACCCAGUUGUCAAUCCGACCAGCCAGGGAAAAUAGCCCGCAUCCCAUGCCAUAAACAAAGUAGCUUGUAUUGUCCUCCGAUCACAGUGGCUAGUUAUCUCGCAAAAUGGUAUCCCAAACAAA